UCAGGCAUAUUGGGCAGAAGAAGGAGAGUGCAGAAUGUCACUUCCGACAUUCGGGCAUCAAAUUAGAGUAUUCCAAGAAAUGAUGACUUCUAAAACAUCUACAUGGCGAUUUAUAGUGCAUGGCAAUUGUGUAAAAGUCGGCUGCAUGUUUAACUAAUCACGUGUGCUUCGGUAGGCAGCUCAGUAUGGCGACUGGCGCUGGCGUGCGGGGUAUUCAAGAUAUCCCUCUUAAGGCUUAUUACAAGAACUAUUAAACUCCUGCUUGCUCUAUCUAGAGACUAGUUACUAGUAAAUAGUUAUACGUAUACUACUUCGGCUGUGGAACCUCUAAAAUGUCCGGUGCAGAAGUUCUUGGUAUUAUUUCUGCUGUGAUUUCCAUUAUCGAUGCUACGAUCCAGCUGAGUAGUGCUAUUAAAGACGAAGCUGGUCUACCAUCCAACUUCAAGACGGUAGCAGCAAAACUGCCUCUGAUUGCAAAGCUUCUCGAUGAUGCAGAGCGAUAUGUUGAAGAGGAAGCAAACGACGAUCUCGCAUCAACUUUCAUGCCCGUCUUAAGAGACUGUAAAGAGAAAGCUACAAAAUUACAGGUAUUGUUUGAAAAGGUUGUCCCGGCCAACGGUGACUCGAGGGCCGACCGGUAUAUCAAAGCUGCUCGAACCAUCGGCAAGGGUGGUCGUGUGGAGACCCUAAUGAAAGAGAUUCUUGAUGGCCUACAGCUUCUUACGACCACAUUCCCGAAGGUUACAUCUCGAAGAGGACUGGAAAAUUUGACAAAAGCGAUUGAGGAAGUAGGAGAGAUGGAGCCAUCCCUACCUGACGGAUUUGAAGACGCAGCGACGUAUGCACACUACGGCAGCGGUGCCCAGAAUGUCAAUACUGGGGUUGGGAGCCAAUAUAACAACAAUAGUACAGGAAAUCAGAAUAAUGGUCCUGGUAAUCAGUACAUUGGCACCAAUCACAUCGGCCCAAUCCACAACCACUAUCUCGCCGAAGAGAAACUAGAAACGCCGCCAAAUCCUUCGACGAAUAUGCCAUUUCGUCGUGAUAUAGACUUUGUGAAGCGAGACAUGCUUGACCAAGUCGAACACAGAUGUAGCAUGCCAGGUUCGUGGACUGCGCUCUUUGGUCUAGGCGGUGUUGGAAAAUCGCAAAUCGCUAUCGAAUACGCCUAUCGCGUCCGAGAGCGAUCAUCUGAUACGUGGGUCUUUUGGAUCCAUGCAAGCAAUAAAACACGGUUCGAAGAAGGUUUCCGAGAUAUUGCAACAUGCGUAAAGCUUGCUGGGCGGCAAGAUCCAAAAGCGAAUAUAUUUCAACUGGUGCACGACUGGCUUCGAGACGAAAGAAAAGGGCCCUGGGUUGUUAUUCUCGACAACGUAGACGACGCCAGUUUCUUGACUGUAUCGAACCCGGAAGCAACGAUAGCCACGGCAAAGGGUGCAUCUACCAGGCACCUGUUAUCAUAUAUCCCAUACUGCCAACAUGGGUCCGUUCUUAUCACUUCACGAAGUAAAGCCGCUGCAAUGGAGCUAGUUGAUCGCGAUGAUAUCAUCCCAAUCAACCCAAUGAAUAAGAAAGACGCAAUACAAUUAUUCCGGAAUAAGCUUGGUCACGACGAUAACGACGCUUGCGUUGUGGAGCUUGCUGCAGCGCUCGAAUAUAUGCCACUGGCUAUUGUUCAGGCAACGGUUUACAUUUCCCAGAAGCGUCCACGAUCCUCUAUUCGGAGUUAUAUCGAUGAGUUUCGCAAAAGUGACAAUAGAAAAGCUAAGCUUCUUAGUCAUGAAGGGGAAGGGCUUCGCCGAGAUAAAGAGGCUCACAACUCCAUUUUCAUCACAUGGCAAAUAUCAUUUGACUACAUUCGCGACGUCAGACCGUCCGCAGCGGACUUACUGUCGCUUAUCAGCUUCUGUGAUCGCCAGGGCAUUCCGGAAGUUUUGAUGCGAGGCAAAUACGGCUGCGCUAACAAAGAUGAUGCACAUAAUCUACAUCAUGCGACGAGUGGUUUAAGGAUUAGGGAUGCAAGUGACCAUGAUGCCGACGAUAGAAGGAGUAUUGGAAGUGACGGCGACAGUGACUGGACACGUGACAACUCCAACUAUAGUGACAAUGAUGAGUUCGAAAGUGAUAUUAUAGCACUACGGAACUUUUCUUUCGUUGUCGCCAAUGAGGACGGGACCGCAUUUGAAAUGCAUAGACUAGUGCAGCUCGCCACACUUGCAUGGCUCAAGGCGCACAAUAUCUAUGAACAGUGGAAUUAUCAGUUUCUUCAAGGUCUCUGUGCAGAGAUGCCAGGCGGAAACUAUGAGAAUUGGGCGAAAUGUCAGCUGCUAUUCCCGCAUGUACAGCAAGUGUCAACACAGCGACCAGACAAAAAGGGGGCAAUGGAAGAGUGGGCGACCAUCUUGUAUAGAGCAGCUUGGUAUGCGCUUGAAAAGGGGUAUGCAGUAGAAGCCGAGAAGCUUUCUACCUGGGCUAUGACAGCAAGGAAGAAAAUAUUUGAUAAGGACAAUGAGGAAGUGACUUCGUUGAAAGAAUUGGUAGCGUUGACAUAUAGCAACCAAGGGCGGUGGGACGAGGCGGAGAAGCUUCAGUUACAAGUAAUGGAGGCUUGCAAGCAGAAGCUUGGAGCGGACCAUCCAAACACACUGACCAGUAUGGCGAAUCUAGCAUCGACAUACUGGAACCAGGGGCUAUGGGACGAGGCGGAGAAGCUUGAGUUACAAGUAGUAGAGACUCGAAAGCAGAAGCUUGGAGCGGACCAUCCAGACACGCUGACCAGCAUGGGGAAUCUGGCAUUGACAUAUUGGAACCAGGGGCGAUGGGACGGGGCAGAGAAGCUUCAAUUACAAGUAGUAGAGACUCAAAAGCAGAAGCUUGGAGCAAACCAUCCAUCCACACUGACCAGCAUGGAUAACUUAGCGUGGACAUAUAACAAGCAAGGGCGAUGGGACGAGGCAGAGAAGCUUCAGUUACAAGUAAUGGAGGCUUGCAAGAAGAAGCUUGGAGCGGACCAUCCAGACACGCUGACCAGUAUGGCGAAUCUAGCAUCGACAUACUGGAACCAAGGGCGGUGGAAAGAAGCGGAGAUACUUGAUGUACAAGUAAUAGAGGCUCACAAGCAGAAGCUUGGACUAGACCAUCCAGACACGCUGACCAGUAUGGCGAAUCUGGCAUCGACAUACUGGAACCAAGGGCGGUGGAAAGAGGCGGAAAAGCUUCAGUUACAAGUAAUGGAGGCUCGCAAGCAGAAGCUUGGACUGGGCCAUCCAGACACGCUGACCAGCAUGGAGAAUCUGGCAUUGACAUAUUGGAACCAGGGGCGAUGGGAAGAGGCAGAGACGCUUGAGGUGCAGGUAAUGGAGGCUCGAAAGCAGAAGCUUGGACUAGACCAUCCAGACACGCUGACCAGUAUGGCGAAUCUGGCAUCGACAUACUGGAACCAAGGGCGGUGGAAAGAGGCGGAAAAGCUUCAGUUACAAGUAAUGGAGGCUCGCAAGCAGAAGCUUGGACUGGGCCAUCCAAACACGCUGACCAGCAUGGGGAAUCUGGCAUUGACAUAUUGGAACCAGGGGCGAUGGGAAGAGGCAGAGACGCUUGAGGUGCAGGUAAUGGAGGCUCGAAAGCAGAAGCUUGGACUAGACCAUCCAGACACGCUGACCAGUAUGGCGAAUCUGGCAUCGACAUACUGGAACCAAGGGCGGUGGAAAGAGGCGGAAAAGCUUCAGUUACAAGUAAUGGAGGCUCGCAAGCAGAAGCUUGGACUGGGCCAUCCAAACACGCUGACCAGCAUGGGGAAUCUGGCAUUGACAUAUUGGAACCAGGGGCGAUGGGAAGAGGCAGAGACGCUUGAGGUGCAGGUAAUGGAGGCUCGAAAGCAGAAGCUUGGACUAGACCAUCCAGACACGCUGACCAGUAUGGCGAAUCUGGCAUCGACAUACUGGAACCAAGGGCGGUGGAAAGAGGCGGAAAAGCUUCAGUUACAAGUAAUGGAGGCUCGCAAGCAGAAGCUUGGACUGGGCCAUCCAGACACGCUGACCAGCAUGGAGAAUCUGGCAUUGACAUAUUGGAACCAGGGGCGAUGGGAAGAGGCAGAGACGCUUGAGGUGCAGGUAAUGGAGGCUCGAAAGCAGAAGCUUGGACUAGACCAUCCAGACACGCUGACCAGCAUGAAUAACUUAGCAUGGAUAUACUGGAAUUCUGGACGCCUCGCUGAAGGAAAGGUGUUAAUGAGUCAGUGUGUCCGUCUACGACAAGCUAAACUAGGUUCUAGUCACCCAUACUACUUGGCUUCAGUCAACACUCUGUCUGAAUGGGAAAGUUGA